CGCAGAGAAAUACUUGUUGCGAUUCUUUCUUGACUUAAAGCUGACUAAGCUGGGCUAAAUUUUAUAUAAUCCAUUGUUUGAAGUGUAAGAAAAGGGUCCUUACCAAAUUGACAGUAUACAAACACGGCAUUGAUGUAAUAUGUGAUCUUUACAAGGUGGCACAAGAAUCUUUUUGUUGGGACACGCUCACACUGUGCGCAAUGAAUCAGAUGUAAGCAAAUGAUGCUGCGUCGGAUAAACACAGCUUAACAUAACAAACUGACGCAGACCGAAAAGCACCCAUAGCAAAGUGGGUAAAUGGAAAUUCGAAGCAUGACGUUGUUGUUGACCACAAGUAUCGUCACGGCUUUAGUCUGACGCAAUUAUGCAUAAUUUAAAGGAUCGAUUUUAGAGAAAUGCUUCAUUCCUUCUUUUGAUACUCGAGAUAGACAAGUACCAAACUUUCAAAAUGUUUCUGCAAAAAUCACUGAUACUCAUCGCCAUAUUUUAUAUUACCAUCACAUUGAGCCAUCCGACUCCAAGAAAAUACAGAAAACGGGAAACAAAAAAGUCGAAAUCUAAGAAAUACACUUCAGAAUCAAGUUGUACCAAGAGUUUUUGUGAAGAGGAUACUACCUACCCUACGGAGGAAGUGCAAAACUUAUUGAAAGAGAAUAGUCUGCCUGUGUUCUACAUGCGACACUAUGAAGUACCGACGGGUCAAAGAUUUGCCCUGCAUGAAGAGCAUCUCUGUCAUAUUAUCAGUAAGACUGUAACACCCAAAAGGGCCCCGACUGGUUUUGGGUCCAAGGAGUAUGUGGUGCAAAGUAAUACUACUCAACAGACUGUCUACAUAGAAGCUUGCACGCAGGAAAUACCUAAAUUACUAGGAAAAACUGGAUGUCUUCCCAAUGGUUAUGAUGUAACAUGCCAGCAGCAGUACAGAUUAAUACCAUUGUGGGUCUACGACGAGAAAGACAAGAGUUUAAAGCAUACUCAAUUCAAAGUACCCUCAGGCUGCACUGUCCACUUCACGAAAAGCAGCAGACUGGCCGGAUUACUGAAGUGAAAAACUGAUUAGAUAAAAUAAUUUAUGCUGAUGUUCAAAGAUAUGACUGCUCUCUAUAAUCGAAAUAUCUGUAAAUACUCAAUAUUGUAUUAAUGUAUUUAUUAUUUAUUUAUAUAUUU